AUGUCAAAACAAGAUAAACCAUUACUUCAAGUAUUAGACGAACUAACGCAAUUAAGAGCAAGUGUAUCUCAAUUUCAAGCAACUUUUAAAUUAAUUAUUGAAAAGUCUCCAAGUCCAGAAAAAUUUAUACAAUAUUUAAAAUUAAGUGAGAAUAAUAAUGACAUAUUAGGUGAAGCAACAAGUACUAUAGAAAGAUUAAAAGGUUUAAUAGAUACUCCUCAAAUAAAAGUUGCAGUUAGAAUUCGUCAAUUAUAUGAAGUUGAAAAAUUACCGUUUUUAACUGCUUUAUCUAAUGUUAAUUUUAAAACAACAUCAACAAAUGAUCAAUCUUUGGAGAAAUUUUUGGAUGUUGUUUCUGAUUUUGAUGAUAAGAAAAAGAAACUGAAGGAUACAAAGAAAGAAGACUUAACAAAAUCUACAGAUUAUUAUUCAUAUCCUCCUACAUUACCAUUGAUUAAUGAUGAAACACUUUUAAUUAAAAUUUGUACUGAUAAAUCAUAUAGAAGAAUAAGUGAUUUUGUUGAAUCAUCAUCAACAAAAUAUAAUAAUUCACAUAAUGGAAAAUUAGCAAUAAAAGGUAAAUCAAUAUUAGAUUUAAUAUUAAUUGAAAUUUUAGAAACAAAAUUACCAAAUUUAUAUGAAAAUGACUUAAUUGUUAUAAAAAAUAGAUUAAUUUCAUUUGAACAAUUAGCAAAAUUUUCAUUUGGUUAUAAUUUAAUUGAUUCAAUGAAAUAUAAUUUAUCAUCAAAUGCAGAAAUUGAACAAAAAAUGAAAAUAUGUGGAAAUAUUUUUUUAGCUUAUAUUGCAGGAUUACAAAACAAUGGAUAUUCUUUGGAAGAAAUUAAAACAUGGUUAAAUAAAUUAUAUGAACCUUUAAUUAUAGAUUUAGAAUCUACUACAACACCAGUUGCAAAAAUUGCAUUAAUUGAAUUAAAUAAUUUAUUUAAAUCUAUAACAAAUUUAACUAAAUUACCUUAUGAAAAUAUUAAAUAUGAAAUUUUAGAAGUUAAAACUGAUCCAUAUGUUGCUCAUGUUGUUAUAAAUGAUGAAAUUUUAGGUUUUGGAGUUUCAAGUAUAAGUUUUGAAGAUGCAAAAGAUAGAGCUGUAAUGGAUGUUAUGGAUAAUCAAAGUAAGAUUAAUAAAAUAUUUGUAAUGUUAAAAGAUAAUUAUAUGAAAAAUAAAAUUCAAUAUACUACACUGGCACUGUCUCCAAAAAUUAUACAAGGAGAAAAUGAAAUUCAAAAUCAAAGUAAUAUUCAAUCAUUGGGUGGUGAUUUAAGUACUACUCCAAUGGUUGCUUUUGCUUAUGCUCCACCUGAACAAUCACAUCAUGAUAGGGAUCAUAUACAAGCCCAUCAAAAUUUACAUCAAACUUUACAAUCACCUUUUCCUCAACAACAGUUUCAAUCACAGAUUGAUCAAUCACAAUCACAAUCACAAUCACAUCAACAACAACAACAACACCAGCAACCACAUCCACAACAGCAUUUAUCGCAACAGCAUUUAGCACAACAACAACAACAACCUUUACAACAUUCACAAUCACAACAAAGUUUACAAUAUCCAUCAUCUCAACUACCUUUACAACAACUACAUCAAGUACAACAACAACAACAACAAUAUCAUACAGGAACACCAGCAGUAUAUGCACAUCAACAAUCAUAUUAUCAAACUUCACCAACGCAACUACUGCAACUGCCACCACAUCAAUUUUUACCAUACAAUCAAAUACAACACCCAACUCAAAGUCCAAUACCAUCACAUAUGUAUCAAGAAUCAAAUAAUAACAUCAAUCAUAAUGGUAAUCCAUUUAAUGAACCAAUAACAUGUCCAAUUAUUUCAUUAUCAAUAAAAGAUAUAGAUAUGAAAGCCAAAACUGAUUUAUAUGCAAAAUUAGGUCCAUUACAAUUAAAAGCAGAUUAUAUAGUUGAACAAAAAGGUUCAGAAUAUUAUACUUUAUGUUUAUGUAAAGGUAAACAAUUAGGUUAUGGAGCUGAUUUUAGUAAACAAAAAUCUGGUCAAAAAGCUGCUAUGGCUGCAUUAAGUAAUCAGAUUGCUUUAAGAGAAUUGGGUGUUCCAAUACGUUGA